CAUUAACAGUCGAGUUCCGCUCAUUCGAUCGGAGUUCGUCAUAUCGGUGUUCGAUGCGGAGCAGCAGCGGAAGAUCAACACUGGACAACAAACUUCGACAUCUGCAGGGCAAGCCCCAGGACUUCAUAGUCUCACACUGACGGCGUCAUGGAGGAGGAAGAGGCCCCUGUAGAUGGCGAGGCGGGGACCCCCUUCGCUGCCGAGACGUUUGCGGCCGAGGCCAUAGCGGCCGACAUGGACCCCUGGAUCGUGUUCGAUUCCAGAAGAACCCCCAGGUCUGAGUUCGACGGCUGGCUGGAGAGCAACCGGCCCUCGCAGGUGUUCAGGUUCGGCGACGAGGAGGGCGGCGUCAGCCCCGUGGGGUGGAUCGCCGUGCUGGGCCCCGGCCACUGCCCCGGCGGGGGGGACGUCACGGGCCUCCAGGACAGCUGGGAGAAACUGUUGUCCAGCUGCCGGCCCGUCAGCUUCCAGACGGUGAAGGAGCUGGCGCUGAACCACGGCGUGCUCACGGGCAAGUGGCUCAUGUACCUGGACUCCGGCUUCAAGCUGGACCACGCGUGGGAGUGCGUGGCCAGAGCCGCCCUGGACGGCAAGAUCUCGCUGGUCAAAGUCAGCCCCUUUAACCCCAAGGCGGAGGGCAAGCAGGUCAUCUGCGCCUACAACCAGAACUUCACCGACGAGAGCGAGGUCAUCCGGCUGGAUUCGGUCAUUCGCGCCGCCGGGGUCAAGUGCCCGCUCUCCUACAAGCCGGACGUGUACACGUACCUGGGGAUCUACCGGAACAACCGCUGGAAGCUUUGCCCCACCAUUUACGAGAGCAAAUUCGACCUGGAGUGUGUGCCCAGGCGGUCGCACAUUGUCAACAAAGUUACCAACCUGGAGGUGACAUAAACAGGACCGCUUUAUGAAGAACCUCUUAAUAAAUUUGAGAGUCGGCGGUUAAAUUUUGAUCUCACGUUCUUCCUACGUCUCAUUUAAUUCUUUCUAAGUGACCUGGAACACCGUCAUGCAAUUUUUUUUUUUGUAUUUUAUACGCUGUGUUCGUGAGUAAGAAUAUAACACUUCAUAGACCGGCAGGGUGGCGGAAGUCCUACAGGAUGAUUUGCCCCCAGCGAAGCACUUCUUUUUCUACAUUUGUCUUGGCUUUACUGUUUUGCUUUCACAAUUACAGAGUUGCCAAAUAAACAAUAUACUUUUGAAAACCA